CCGGGCUCCAUAACUAGCAGACGACUGAGUCUAGCAGACGGCGCGUAGCUAGCGUCGUUCGCGGGCGGCCGAGAUUGCGUUUUAAAAUCGAACAUUGUCGGACAUUGAAAGGCACGGUUCCCGGAGGCCGACAGAGCUCUAGUGUAUCUUAAUUACUGUGAAAAUCAAUCGAAAUGGAUCCCGAAGCAUUCCUGGACAUGGCCAAUCAGGUCAUUAAAUUGAAAAUGUACCCGUACUUCGACAUCGCACACAGCGUACUCUGUGCGCUACACGUCAGAGAGGAUUUAGGACCCGGUGCCCAAGCAUUCUCCAGAAAACAUCCCCUAUCAUGCUGGCUUUCAACAAUGUUGGUGACAUUCGCAAGUGGUAUGCUAUGCAAUGGACUCCUGGGGGAACCGAUUCUUGCACCUUUGAAAAAUACACCACAAGUUCUAGUUGCAACCAUUGUUUGGUAUGUGAUAUUUUAUACGCCAUUUGAUAUUGGAUACAAAGUAGCCAAAUUUCUACCAGUAAAGCUUGUAUGUGCAAUUUUAAAAGAAACAUAUAGGUGUAAGAAAGUAUACGAUGGAGUAACCCAUGCAGGAAAACUUUAUCCAAAUGCAUAUCUCAUUAUGAUUAUAAUUGGAACACUUAAAGGCAAUGCUGCAGGAUUUACGAAAUUAUUUGAGCGUCUCAUACGAGGUGUAUGGACUCCAACUGCCAUGGAACUAAUGCAACCUAGCUUCCCUACGAAAGCUUCAAUGGUUGCAUCGAUCAUCUUUGUCCUAGAUAAAAAGACUGAUCUCAUUUCUGCACCUCAUGCAUUGGUUUACUUUGGCAUCGUUAUCUUCUUUGUGUACUUCAAGUUAUCGUCCAUUUUACUCGGUAUCCACGAUCCGUUUGUACCUUUCGAAAAUUUGUUCUGCGCGCUGUUCCUUGGAGGAAUUUGGGAUUCGUUAGCCAAAUUUCUGGGCCGAGGCCAAGCCAAAGACGAGAAAGCAGAUGCCAAGAAAAAGGACUAAACGUUUGUACAUUUUGUGCAUAAACUCUCCAAAGAAAUUCAUUUUAACACUAGCAAUAAUUUGCUGACGAAUCAAUGAAUGGAAACAAUUUCAAAACCUAAAAGUACGACACUCGCAUGUUGAAGCGUGACCACCGACAAAUCAUUAAAUAUCAGAAGUACAAUAAUUUAUUAUUAUAUAUAUUUUAUUAAGGACGAGCGAUGCAUACAGCGGAGAGUGUGACUUCGAUUACUGGGAAGAUCAGCAGUAUUAUGUCUGUUAAACAAACAACUUGACGUUAAAAUAACUGCAAUUUAACCGUACGCUGUAAUGAAUCCGACGAUUUUAUAAAAAAAGAACGAAACGUAAUUUUAAUAUUAAUUAUAUUGAUUAGUCGAAAAAUGAUUGUUCUUAGAAACAAUAAGAUAUACGUGCAAUCCGAUGCGCGAGCAUUAGAAAUAUGUCCCUAGUUACUGAUUUUUUGAUAAUAUAUAUAUUACAUAUACCUCGUAUAAAGUUAUAGCGAUCGAAUUUAAAAAUGUUAUUGAUACGGCGAUUUUGUAGUGCAAUACACAACUUUCCUUACAAUCUAAAUGCAUAUUAGGAAUUAUUAAGGCAAAUUUGAAGUAUCCUAACUUUGCCAUACAUCUUGUAGCGACGAAACCCCGAAUCGUCGUGCUAUCGUGCGGUAACUGUUUCGAAGGUACGAGUAAACAUACUCAGGAUGAUAAUGAAGUUAUAUAGUUUCGAUGCAUAUUUCAGUGAUAAGAUUUCGAUUAUAAAAUACUUGACAGAAAAUUUAAAAAUAUGUAAAAAAUACUCAAGGGGACUUACACCUCUUUUAUACUAUUUUAUUAUAAUAUCAAAGGUUGGGUACUUGCCACACGUGCAGGUAUCAAAGUGUUUGCCUUCGACUCAAUGAUGUGAACAUAAUUUACUAUGAAAAUUAAAUCCUUUAAUUCUCAUAUGAUGUUCCAUUUGUUAGAAUGUUGUACAUUUUCAUGUAAUAAAAUGAAGUUUGCUCUUCCA